CACACACACGCACACACUCACUCACUCACUCGCGCAGUCUGUGCUGAAGCCGGGGCCUUGAUUGACUCUGAGAGAGGCAGAAAACGUUUAGAAGAACCAACUAAAUCGGGAGAAGGUCUCCUGCCCGACUGAUAGAACGAAGCUAGCUAGAUUUGUAGGGCGGAAUAUUCAAUGGCGGAGUCGGGCAGUAGCGCAGCCGGAGCAGCGGGCUCUAACGGCAGCGCCUCCGGAGCUGGAGGAACCGCCGCCGCGCCCGGAGGAGCCACUGCAGUCGCCGGCUCUAAACACGGCCUGGAAUCGGUCAAGGGCCAGACUUUCGACGUGGGCCCGCGCUAUACCGAACUUCAGUACAUUGGAGAGGGGGCUUACGGGAUGGUUUGCUCUGCUUUUGACCACGUGAACAAGAUCCGAGUGGCCAUUAAGAAGAUCAGCCCAUUUGAGCACCAGACGUAUUGCCAGCGCACACUGAGGGAGAUCAAGAUCUUGCUCCGCUUCCACCAUGAGAACAUCAUUGGCAUCAACGACAUUCUGAGGGCGCGUCACAUUGACUACAUGCGCGAUGUUUACAUCGUCCAGGACUUAAUGGAGACAGACCUGUACAAGCUGCUGAAGACUCAACAGCUCAGUAACGAUCAUAUCUGCUACUUUCUGUACCAAAUUCUGCGCGGGCUAAAGUACAUCCACUCUGCUAACGUCCUCCACAGAGAUCUGAAGCCGUCCAACCUGCUCAUAAACACCACCUGCGACCUCAAGAUUUGUGACUUUGGGCUGGCACGGAUAGCCGACCCAGAGCAUGACCACACUGGAUUUCUUACAGAGUAUGUAGCCACUCGCUGGUACCGUGCUCCUGAGAUCAUGCUUAAUUCCAAGGGCUACACAAAGUCUAUUGAUAUUUGGUCGGUGGGCUGUAUUCUGGCGGAGAUGUUAUCUAAUCGGCCUAUUUUCCCAGGAAAGCACUAUCUGGACCAACUUAACCACAUACUUGGAAUCCUGGGCUCCCCAUCUCUGGAUGAUCUGAACUGUAUCAUCAACAUGAAGGCCAGGAACUACUUGCAGUCUCUGCCCCAGAAAACCAAAGUUCCCUGGACCAAGCUCUUCCCCAAGGCUGAUAGCAAAGCUCUAGAUUUGUUGGACCGCAUGUUGACCUUCAACCCCCUCAAGCGUAUAACUGUGGAAGACGCACUGGCCCACCCCUACCUGGAGCAGUACUAUGACCCUACUGAUGAGCCAGUAGCUGAGGAGCCGUUCACAUUUAACAUGGAGUUAGAUGAUCUUCCCAAAGAGAAGCUGAAAGAGCUCAUCUAUGAGGAGACGGCACGGUUCCAGGCCACCUACCAGGGAUCCUGAGGAAGACGGGCUCCCAAGGAGAAUGAUCAAGCCACACUAAGGUUAAGAACAACAUAACUCCAAACAAGCUACAAAAGAAAUACGCAUUUACAUGAUAUCAAAAAAAGGAGAAAAACCGUACAAGCAAAACUUGAGCAUUUCUUUUCUUACUCCGUUCCGCUUGCCUGGAGGCUGUGCGCUGUUUGGUUUUAUAACCUGCUAUAUCGAUGCCAUUGAACAGGGGCUGUUCUGCUCACCAUCUCAGUCCAUGCUGCGCACAGCCCCUAAAACUUUCAUCCCUCUUAUAAAGUCUUGCUGUCUUUCUCACGUGCUCUUAUUUCCGCUCUCUCUCUCUCUGUCAUCCCGUCAGAUUUGGCCUGCGUACUGAACGAUGGAGAAUAGCGAGGGGGAAAAAUUGAGCAUAUCUUUACUAUGGGCUCUGGCUGGGUGUGUGUAUAUAUUACGUGGGUGUUUUUUUGCAUCGUUUCUAAGUAUUGUAUGUGAGAGAUCUGUUUGUACACUGUAAUUUGAACAUUCUGAUUACUUGCAAAAUGUGUUUUGUAUGUGGAGAGUUUAUAUUUGAGUAUACAUUUGAAAAUGUCUUUUUUGUUUCAACUAAAUACAUGACAUGUGAAUAGUCUGUUUACUUUUUAUUUUGGGCUUUUGUGAAAGGUGAUCAGACAGUGCUUAUUAGGUGGAUAUCGGGGGGAAAGUUAUACAGGAUGGGUUUAUACAGGAAUGAGCGAGAGAGCUAGUAAACUUUCUUGCUUUACUUCCUGUCAGAUUCCAUUUUGAAAUGCUCUUUUGUCAGUGCUCUUGGAAAAUGAAGCCAUCAGUAUCAUCAAACUCAUCACAUUUCUCAUGCUGCUGUGCUCCUCUUUUUUACAAUCGCAUUCUUUAUUAGGUUCUUUUUUCUAUAUUCUUGAUUGCACUUAUGCAUGUCAUACAUUAGAGAUUUCCUGGGUUUUUUAUACCCUACAUUCACACUGGCAGUGACUACUUAGAUUUGCCUAACUUAAUUUAAUACUGAUUACUAGUGGGCAUUUAAGUUCUUUCUUUGCUUCUGGAUGUGUGUAAAAAAAAAAAAGACUUAAAAACCUGUUAAGAUCCAUGAAUGCCUACAGUUUACAUGUGGAUAAAAUAUAGUGAUUAAUGGCUUGGACUUGGCAUGUGCACCUCCCAAUGGCUUAAACUGGCAUCCAGAUGAGGAACUUUAAUUGAGGGAUAUCAUUUUACAGUAAGAAAAACUCUAUUGGUUAUAGAAACAUCGUAUUGCUCCUCCUCCUGUAUAAAGUAGCGUUGUUAAACAUUGCCAGCUCUGCCCUCUUUAUGUUGCCAACAGUAGCUCCGUCUUCUGCUAGAUGUCGCCAGCUCUUAUAAACUUGAUUUAAAUUGUAUUUGUUUCAAAGGGGCAUCAAGAGUGAUUUUGUCUGUCACUUUUUUAUUUUUGUUCCAAUCAGCCAUUCAUUAUGCUCUCGGUUGAUUAUUUGUUUUUUUACAUGAACUCUUGAUGGUCUUAUUUUAUCUCGAUGCUUUAGUUAACAUUUUCACAUGGAUUACUUGCUUUGGAUCAUUCUUUCACGCUCAAAGUGGUAUUUACACAUUUUACUUGAUAAUAAAUGAGCUGCUGUUGCUUGGUAAGUGUAUUGUAAGACUGUAUUUGCAUCAUCGCAACCAGAGUUUGAGGAUAGGUGUAAAAUUUUUACAAACAGUAGCGUGAUAAGUAAAAAAUAUCUUAAAGAAAUUUGCUUGGUUGUAUGUGGUCACUGCUGGUGUGAAUGCUGAUUUAGUGUUAGAUUUCCCUUAAUCGCUUUAUUAUUGGAUGUUUUCUAUAUAUUAGUAUUUGGUGUUGAUUGUCAAUGGCUACUAUUGUCAUCAAUUCUCUCUAUUUUUGCAUAUCUUUCAAAAUCAAAUUUUUUUUAUUUGUUACCAUCCCUUUUUCCCCUCCAGCACCUUCCUAAUUCCUUCUUCUGCAUCAUUCCUUCAUCCUCUCUCCUCACACGUUGCCAGCUGAGGAGACAUAGCCAAGCCGAACGCUUUCAGAGCCAUAGCACACACUCCUUCCCCCUGGUGAUGUCACAAUUUUAUCAAAGGGCUUUUCCACGGGGCUUGCUAACCUCAUGCCUCUCUUUCUCACCUGUGAUUGGCUGACUUUGUGAUUAUGUAGUCUGUGACUGGCUUAUUUGCAUGCACAGAAUCACAGGUAGUAUUCCUACUUUCCUGCUUGUUUAAGAAGUGUUACUGCAUCCUUUCUUUUCUGAAAACGAUGUUACGCCUGUAAAAAGCAAAAGCGCUUUUUGUCUAAACGUGGAUGAGGAAAGCUUGCUCUCUGGGAGAGGAAUGGAGCAAUUUCAUUAUAGUUUCUUUGCCUGAAGGCUUGAUUUUUGUCUGUGGGAAGCACACCGAUGUUAACAUCCCUACAGCACGUUCAUACUUCGGUCGAAUGACGUUCUUCAAUCUGUGCACCUGCACUUUGUGUCUCAUGACCAAAUGUGUUUUCUUAGUUUAAUUUAGUCCUCUUUUGUCUUUUUUAUAGAUUAUUUUGAUCAAUGGAGACGUUAUACUUUUUAGUCUUCAGGGUUUUUCUUUUUGUUUUUGCACUUUUCACCUCUCUUUACCACAUCCACGACUUUCUGCUUUUCUAGUUAAUUGUGGGACAGGAAAGCACAGAUGCUCGGGCUGUAUCCCUGAAUCUGUGUCUGCAUGUCUGUCUUUUAGCUUUGAGCUGUUUUUUCUGCAUCCCCUUGAACCCUUUGUUGACCUUAGGCUAACAAAUCAUUACAAAUGAAAAUGCUAUUUCUAUAAUGCUGUAUUGUUGCUAAUGUAAUGCUUAUUUACCAACGGGACCAUGGGGACAAUCGCAGCACACACCUACAGAUAACUACCACAUAAACAGUAUAUGAUUUUUAAGGCCGACUAAUGAGGCUGAUUUCAUAACGUUCAUUUAUUGGCUGUUAUUGCUGUUAUAUUGAUAUCUGUUUUUAAAAACGAAAAGGGAUUUAAAAUUUGUCUUUUUAGUAUGUUUAUUUUCUCGCUCUCUCUUUGGCUGUGGAAAACAGUUGGGUGUGCCGUCACUCUUUCAGAGUUCUAUUUUGUUGUUUUCCUUAAUCUUUUAAGGUCUUAUUUUAAAAGAUGAUUUAAAGCUAUGAGUAGAUUGUCGGGAUUUAUAAACCACAGAUGGUUUUAGUCUAUGUACUUAUGCUUAUGGGUAUUAUGAAUUAAACAAUUAACAGAAUUCUAUACAUAUAUUAAAUAAAAGUCCUGAUACUGUU